AUGGAGAAGAACACUUCAGGUGGGGGUGAGAAUGUGAAUCAGGCUUAUGACACAGUCGGCGACGAUCCACCCCACUAUGAGGAGACAUCCUUCUCAGGAACAACCGGAACUGGGGGAGACCACAGGGAGAUGCGGCCCUCUGUAGCCAGCGCCUUUGGUCACAAUACUCUGGACCGGGUGCCGCGCAUCGAGUACUACCGCAACGUGGGCAGCGUCAGUGGGCACAGGGCUGUGAGACCCUCCCUGCAGGAGCUCCAUGAUGUCUUCCAGAAGAAUGAUGGUGUUGCAGACACAGCAGACAGGGUGGCGGGCAGUGAUGGAAGCCACUCAGAGGAUGUGGAGUCCAUCCCUCCACAGGAGAAAGGCGGGGUUGUCAAGUUUGGCUGGAUCAAGGGGGUGCUGGUGAGGUGCAUGCUGAAUAUCUGGGGAGUGAUGCUGUUCAUUCGUCUCUCCUGGGUGUUUGGUCAGGCUGGUAUUGGUCUGGGAAUCGUGGUCAUUGUUCUGAGUGUGGUGGUCACCACCAUCACAGGUCUCUCCAUGUCUGCCAUCUGCACCAAUGGAGUGGUGCGGGGAGGAGGAGCAUAUUACCUGAUCUCCCGUAGUCUUGGACCCGAGUUUGGCGGCUCCAUUGGCCUGAUCUUUGCCUUCGCCAACGCAGUGGCCGUGGCCAUGUAUGUGGUGGGCUUCGCUGAGACAGUCGUGCAACUGCUGAAGGAGAAUAACGCCAUCAUGGUGGACGAGGUGAAUGACAUCAGAAUCAUUGGCUGCAUCACAGUGGUUAUACUAUUGGGGAUUUCAGUAGCCGGCAUGGAGUGGGAAGCUAAGGCCCAGCUCAUCUUGCUGGUUAUCCUGCUGGUGGCCAUCGUAAACGUCUUCGUGGGAACAUUCAUCCCAGCCACAGAGGACAAGAAAUCCAAAGGCUUCUUCAAUUACCAAAUGUCCAUUUUCACUGAAAACUUUACACCAGACUUUAGAGAUGGGGAGACAUUUUUCUCCGUCUUUGCGAUCUUCUUUCCUGCUGCAACGGGGAUCCUGGCUGGUGCAAACAUCUCUGGGGAUUUGAAGGAUGCCCAGGCUGCCAUCCCCAAAGGGACCCUGCUGGCCAUCUUAAUCACAGGGGUGACCUACCUGGCUGUGGCACUCUGUGUCUCCUCCACAGUAGUACGUGAUGCAACCGGCAACCACAAUGACACCAUCACUCCAGGAACAAUCUGCAAAGGUUCAGUUGCGUGUGAGCUCGGUUAUGAUUUCUCAUCCUGUGCAACUGAGGACUGCAGAUUUGGCCUUAUGAACGAUUUCCAGGUCAUGACAAUGCUGUCUGGGUUUGGGCCUCUGAUUACAGCUGGGACAUUUUCUGCCACCCUCUCAUCAGCUUUGGCCUCUCUCGUUAGCGCGCCCAAAGUCUUCCAGGCACUGUGCAAAGACAACAUCUACAAAGCACUGCACUUCUUUGCCAAGGGCCAUGGCAAAAACAACGAACCAAUCCGAGGCUACAUCCUCACCUUCAUCAUUGCUGUGGCCUUCAUUCUCAUAGCUCAACUCAACGUGAUUGCCCCAAUCAUUUCCAACUUCUUCCUGGCAUCCUACGCCCUCAUCAACUUUUCUUGCUUCCAUGCUUCCUACGCCAAAUCACCAGGAUGGAGGCCCGCAUACAGAUUCUACAACAUGUGGCUGUCUCUGUUUGGAGCAGUGCUGUGCUGCGCUGUGAUGUUUGUCAUUAACUGGUGGGCAGCUCUGAUCACAUACAUCCUUGAGAUCUUCCUUUAUGUCUACGUCACAGUGAAGAAACCAGAUGUAAACUGGGGAUCCUCCACCCAAGCUGUGACAUUUGUCAAUGCUGUGAACAACACCCUGACUUUGAGUGCAGUGGGUGACCAUGUGAAGAACUUCAGGCCCCAGUGUCUCGUGCUAACUGGAGCUCCUAAGAGUAGGCCAGCACUCCUUGACAUUGCACACUCCUUCACCAAGAACUAUGGACUGUGCAUCACCUGCCAGGUGUUUGUGGGCCCACGACCCGAGACCAUGAUGGAGAUGAACGCUAGCAUGGAGAGGAACCAAAUGUGGCUCCAAAAGAAGAAACGCAAGGCUUUCUAUGCAGCAGUCACCUGCAACAGCUUCAGGGAGGGAGCUGAGAGCCUCCUGCAGGCCUCAGGUAUUGGUCGACUGAAGCCAAAUACACUGGUGCUGGGAUUUAAGAGAGAUUGGCAGAGUGCAGAGGUGGAGGACGUUCAGAGCUACGUUGGUGUAUUGCACGAUACAUUUGACUUUGAGUACGGUGCAGUGAUGCUCAGGAUUGACGAGGGACUUGACGUCUCACACAUCGUCCAGGCGCAAGAGGAUAUGGAAAGAAUGGCCUCAGAGCAGCUAGCACUGGAGAGCGAGGAAAAUGGUGGGAAGGGGAUGUUCAAGAAGUCCAGGAAACACUCCAAGCAAGUGCUGACCAGAGCCAAAAAUUUGUCUGUCCAUGUUCCCCAGUCUGCUGAGGAUGUUAAGGUGACCCAAAAGCUACAGGAGGCCAGCACUCAGUUCCAAAAGAAACAGAGAAAAGGCACCAUUGAUGUGUGGUGGCUCUUUGAUGAUGGAGGUCUGACUUUACUGAUCCCCUACAUCUUGACCACACGGAAAAAGUGGAAGGACUGCAAGAUGAGGAUCUUCAUCGCAGGAGAACCUGGCCGCAUUGAACAAGACAAAGCAGAGAUGCAAUCCCUUCUGGAGAAAUUCAGAAUCAAAUGUGUGGACAUCAAUGUCAUCGAUGACCUACAUACUAAACCCAAGUCAGAAAAUUGGAAGGCCUUCAAGGACAUGAUCAAGCCUUUCCGCCUCCAUGAGGGGUCAGAGAUGGGCAGCACACAGAGGAAGGACAGCUCCUGGAAGAUCACUGACUCAGAACUGGAGAUGUUUGAGGAAAAGACAUCCCUCCAAGUCCGCCUAAAUGAACUACUCCAACAGAACUCAAAAAUGGCUAACCUUAUCAUUGUGAGCAUGCCAAUUGCGAGAAAGGGCUCUGUCUCUGACCACCUCUACAUGGCCUGGCUGGAUGCCCUUACAAAGAACCUUCCACCCACCCUACUCAUCAGAGGGAACCACAAGAGCGUGCUCACAUUCUACUCUUGAGCGACAUAUAACCAAGUACCCAGUCAAAAUGUAACAAUCUCAGUGUACCAGCCCUUACUCUGCACAAAACUCAGAGCAAUGCAGCGCUUAUACUGCCCCCUAGAGGACAUGUGCAAUCUAUGCAAGAGCUGUUUAUUCAGUCAGUAACAGUA